GAGUGUAGCAAAAUCCUUUUAAUAAAGGAGGGAAACAAUGCGGCAUUAUGUUGGGGAAACACCACAAACAGGAUUCAUAACACAAACCAUGAGCAAAAACCCACCCCCAAGCUAGUCUGGCAGUGUCCUUUCCCCCUCAGGGUCUUAAGUCCAACCACCCAAAAGAUCACCCCAAAGUCCCAAAAGCCCAACACCCCAAAAGUCUCUGUCCCUGGUCAGUGCAGCCCCAGAGUUCAAAAGUUUAUCUGCAGAGUUCUACAUCCUGCCCGCGACUGGGUCCAAGGCCGACUGCCCCGCCUCUCCGUCGGGUUCUGCUGCAGCCUUCACCACAAGCCGCUCCACUCUACCAGCUGUCCCAUGAGCCACUCCCGCCAUCCCACGAACUGCUUCGCUCUGUACCACUUCGCUUCACUCGCCGUCCAGUGGGCCGCUCCAACCGUCCCACCAACUGCUCUGCCCCGCCAGCUGCUUACCAAUAGAUCUUCACGCUCCCCCACUAGUUAACAGAGCGCUCAGAUCUGAGUGAUUUCUGCUUGUAGUAGGGAAGCCCCGGUGCUGGUGCACCAUUGGCCCAACGUGAAUUCAGCUCAGCAGCCUAUAACUAGACCCUUAACAGGAACAUAAUUAACUCUGCUAUUCAACAGUAGAGAAAAGAACGUGCAGCUGAUGUUUCAGGGUCUCAAAGGGGGCCCAUGCCACCAGAUACAAAUACCUACCCCCAGCAUAUCUCAAUUCACUGGGUUUUGGAACCCAUGUCCCUUGUCUAGCGAGUGCUACUUAGUUGAUGGCGAGUCCCUCUGUCAUGAAACAGUUCCACUGGCCUUGAUUCACAUAAUCAGGGUAACAACACUUUAUUCUUCCUGCCCCAAUAACAGAGAAACUGGGGACCCCACAGAAGCCAAAGGGACCAUUUGGGCUCAUGCUAGGCAGGGUGGGUGUGUCUAUGCAAACAAGACCAACCCCUCAAGUUCCUUUCCACAACUCGCCACAAUUCACCACCAGAUCUCAGGGUAGAGCUCAGCCUGACUCUGCUUACAGUGAGAAGAGGAAUUUCUGGGAUCUGCCUGUGAAAAUUGUGUGUGUGUGUGUGUGUACUUGGGUGCAGCACUGCCCCCUGCUGGAGGGGUCUGGGUCGUGUGCAGUUUUCACACCUCACUCAUCCCUCUCUUUCUCUUCUAGGUGCUACAGAGUUCCAGUCAACCUGCGGGCAGUCGGUGGCCUCCGGCCGCAUUGUAGGAGGGCAGGAUGCCCAGAACGGGGCUUGGCCCUGGCAGGCCAGCAUCCGAUACAGCGGAGUCCACGUCUGCGGAGGGUCCCUCAUCACUGGGGAAUGGGUGGUGUCUGCAGCUCAUUGCUUCAAUCGAUCAUAAUCCACAGCGACUACAACCCCACCAGCCAUGCCUCAGACAUAGCCCUGGUGCACCUACGCACACCCCUUCAGUACACCGCCUACAUCCUCCCCGUCUGCCUUCCGGACCCCAGUGAUUCCAUCGCGAAUGGCACCCCGUGCUGGGUCACCGGCUGGGGGAAGGUCCAGACGGAUGAAAGUCUCCCUGCUCCCCGCACUCUGCAGGAGGUUCAGGUCUCACUCAUAGGUGUCGAGACGUGCAAUGACCUCUAUAGCAAACCCAUCACAGGGUCCCCGGGGUCGCGCCCCAUCCAAGACGGCAUGGUGUGUGCUGGCUACCCCGAAGGAGGGAAGGACUCCUGCCAGGGGGAUUCUGGGGGACCCCUCGUUUGCUCGCAGGCUGGCUCCUGGUUUCUGAUUGGCAUCGUGAGCUGGGGAAUUGAGUGUGGCCUCCCCUACCGUCCUGGGGUCUAUACCCGGGUCUCGGCCUACUCUGACUGGAUCCAGCAGCAGCUCCCCAGUGUGGAAUUUGGGGUGGUUAAUGUCACCAUUAACCCUCAGCCUAAUGCUGGCUACACUCCAGCGCCCACCCCCCUGCUUCUCAGCACCCUCCUGCUGGCCAGUGCUGCCCCGGGGAUGGGGCCACCGCUUUCUAAGCUGCUAAGUUAACAAUCAGCCCUGCCAUGGAAAGGACAAGCCACCAGAAUUACAACCUAUGAUUAUAGGGCUGAGAGGGGAGUGGGAUCUAGUGGGUUAGUGACUGGGGGAGGGGACAGGGUGUCAGGACUCCUGGGUUCUAUCGCUGGCUUUGGGAGGGGAUUGAGAUCUGGUGGGUUAGAGCAGGGCUUGGGAGCAGGACUCCUGGGUUCUCUCCCUGGCUCUGCCACAGACUCCCUGUGUGACCUUCAGCAAGUCCCAGGUCUCUCUGAGUCUCAGUUCCCGUAGAUGUGAGAAGGGGAGAAUAAACGUGCCUUGGUCUGUUUAGAAAGUGAGCCCUUCGGGGCAGGGAUUGGCACCCACUGUGGGUCUGGGCAGUGCCAGCACAAUGGGGCACUGAUCUCAGUUGUAGUCUUUGCAUCACCUGGCACAAAGGAUUCCUGGCCCAUGUUCAGGUGUCGUAGGUCCUACAGUAACACAGAGAAUACUAGUAAUAAACGAUAUGUCUGUCUGUCUCGACUGCAUCUGUCUGUCUAGACUGUAUAUGCCUGGCUGUCUAGUUUGCUUUGUCUGUCUGUCAAAAUUGUUUCUGCCCCUCUGUCUAAAUUCUGCCUGUCUAGGCUGUCUGUCCCUUAAUAUCAGAGGGGUAGCCGUGUUAGUCUGGAUCUGUAAAAGCAGCAAAGAAUCCUGUGGCACCUUAUAGACUAACAGACAUAUUGGAGCAGGAGCUUUCGUGGGUGAAUAACCACUUCGUCGGAUGCAUGUCUAGACUGUGUCUGUCUGUACCGUCACCAUCUGUCUAUCUUGUGUUUGUCUGUCUAGGACGGGUCCAUCUCUCAUUACCCACAAUGAUACAAAAUAAAUAACCCCGAGAAUA